AUGGCGGCGAUCAGACAGUGCGUCUGCACACCUCGCUUCCCGGCAAGAUCCUGUUGCACUGGGGAGUCGAGGGCGGCGCCAACUAUCAGGGCGGCUGGAGGCUACCCGGCAACGAGGCUUGGCCCGAAGGCACUGUUCAAUACAAGGACCGCGCCCUGCAAACGCCCUGGAAGUGAGCUCCUCCAACAGAAGGCUCCAGACGGCGGCCAGGUGCUGACGCUGCACCUGAGGGGGCCAGAGGCCUCAGACUACCUCAACUUUGUGAUCAAGGACGAGUCCACGGGCACCUGGUACGACCAGUACGGAUCCAACUUCAAGGUGGCGCUGCGCCUGGCCCUGACCAGCCAGGCCUUUGACGAGGACGAUGACUCACCAGCUCAAAUUCCCGACAGCGAGCUGCCCGAGCUGCCCACAGAGCUCUGCGGCAUCUGGUCCUACAUCAAGUGGGAGACUGCUGGCUGCCCGCAGCGCAACCAGCAUGAGGCUGACGAAGAGUACCAGAAGGCCAUUAAGGAGCUGCAGUCGUACCUCAGGAAAGGCAUCCAGCUGGAUGAGCUCUGGCGGGUGGCUCGUGGGGAGAUCCAGUACAAGGAGUUCUCCUCCUCACAGGGAGGAAAUGGCGCCGUGCCUGCCCCACCCAGCGUCCCAGAAGAGCUGGUCGGCAUCCAAGCAUACCUGAUAAGCCUGGAAGCCCAGUUGUCCAGCGGCAUGUCUGUGCAGCAGCUUGAGAAGUCGCUGAAGGAGCCGCAGGCACCGCAGGUUACAAAUUCACUGCCCCAUGCUCCUUCAGCACCGCAGGCACCGCAGGCAGAGCAGAAGGUCGAGGCGCCACCGCCGGCACGGGAGGAAGGCGGGCAGACGGAGCUCGGGGAGAGCAUGGGCGUGCGCGUGAUAAACCCGCUGGACUUUGUGAAGAAGGCCCCGCCGCUGCUGAGCCAGGCCAAGAAGAAGGCCCCCGAGCGCGCCCUCGGCCGCCUCGAGGACGCAGCCGCGCGCGAUGAGACCUGCGUCUGGCACAGGACGUACAAUAUGGGCAACAAGACGGAGAUGCUGGUGGCGGUGCGGGCGCCAGAGGGCAAGAAGGGCCCCACCCAGGUCACCCUAACAACUGAUCUCCCCACGGACGCCUUCCUGCACUGGGGCAUUAAGAAGGGCGGCGGCUCCGACUGGCUCGCGCCGCCGCAGGAGAUCUGGCCCGCUGACUCAGCCGUCGCAGAGGCCAACGCCGCCGCCCUUGACACCCCCUUCCUGGAGUCCAGCGACGCCGACACGCAGAACAUCACCGUGGGCAGUGAUCAGGUGAAGCUGAAGCGCGUCAAGGUGGACAUCCCUGCUGGGCAUGACCUGUCCGGGCUGACCUUUGUGAUCCGGAGUGGUGACUCCACUGCCUGGUGGCGUGAUGGUGGCUCUAAUUACAAUGUGCCGGUGCCGGGAGCGGGGGGCUCUGUCGGCAAAGACAACGUGCUGGCGGGCUUUGAGGACGACCUCAGCCGCACCAUUGUGGACCUGGAGGUCAAUGCUGACCAGUGGACCCUCAUGCACCGCUACAACAAGGCUGCCGAGCUCAUCGAGCAGGCCCUGCAGGGUCCUGGCGAGGAUGUGACGGACGCGAUGGCGCGCAUCUAUGUGUGGCUGCGCUACAGCUCCUCGCGGCAGCUGACCUGGCAGCGCAACUACAACACCCAGCCGCGCAUCCUGGGCGAGGCCCAAAAGAGGCUCACCGACACCAUCGCCAAGGCACAUGGGCAGACCGGGGGUGAGGCGCAGGAGUGGGUACGUGCCAUGCUGGGCACCGUGGGGCGCGGCGGUAACGCACAGGCGGUGCGGGACGAGAUCCUGAACAUCAUGCACCGCAACAACAUCGGGGAGAAGCGGGGCACAUGGAUGGAGGACUGGCACCAGAAGCUGCACAACAACACCACACCAGACGACGUGGCCAUCUGCGAAGCCUUCAUCGCCUUCUUGGAGGCCCAGGGCGACAACGGCGUCUACUGGCGCGUCCUCUCCGACGAAGGCAUCACGAGGGAGCGGCUGGAGAGCUUUGACCGGCCGAUCAAGGUGGAGCCGGAGGACUACCCCGACAAGCGCGACGCCCUCAUCAGCGAGUUCCGCAAUUACCUCGGCAUCCUCAAGGCGGUGCACUCGGGGGCGGACCUGCAGGCGAGCGCGAAGGGAGCUUCUGGGGAGCUGCCGCAGGGGGCCAAGGAGCACCUGGGGUAUGUGCUGACGCACGCGCAGGAUCACAUCAUCCUGCCUCUCAUGGAGAACGCCGUCGAGGCGCGCACGGAGCUGCAGCCCCACAUCGCCGGCCACAGGGAUCUGCUGUACCUGGACCUGGCGCUGGAGAACGUGGUGAGGGGCGCGGCCGAGCGCGGGUCGGGGGCGGCCGGCGCGAACGCAAGCGCGCUUGUGGGCCCGCUGCUGCAGAACCUGGUGCUGUCCACGGGGGACAACGAGGAGCUCUGCUACUGCCUCAAGGCCUGGCAGGCGCUGCCCUCCUCCCUGCGCCGCGGCGGCUACCCCUCCAAGGAAGAUGCCCUCAAGGCAUCUGCGGUGGUGGACCGCAUCCGCCGCGCACUGGCCACCACAAGCGACAACGUGUCCAGCCGCAUCGGGCCCAUCGCCAAGGCCUUCGGCAACGCCUUUGGCGUCGACGACUGGUACGUGGAGUUAUUCGCAGAGGAGGUGGUGAGGGGCGGGCCGGCGUUUGCUGUGAGCCUGGUGCUGAGCGCGCUGGAGCCGGCACUGCGCGCUGCCGCGGAGCUGGGCGCCUGGCAGAUCAUCUCCCCGGUCAACGCGCUCGGCCGCGUCGUCGUCGUGGGCGGACUGCACGAAGUCCAGGACGAGAGAUACGAGGAGCCGACCGUGCUGCUGGCAAAGCGGGUGACCGGCGAGGAGGAGGUCCCAGAGGGCUGCGUGGCCGUGGUCACUCCAGACGCACCGGAUGUGCUGAGCCAUGUCAGCGUUCGCGCGCGGAACAUGCGUGUUCUGUUCGCCAUAUGCCACGAGGAGCAGCCGCUGAAGGACAUUGAAGCCCUCGACGGCAAGGCGGUGUACUUUGAGACGACGGCAGCGGGAGGGGUGACGUGGGAAGAGGUGGAGGAGGCGCAGCUGAAGGGCGGGGCCGGCGGCGGCGGCGCGACGGAGCCGCGCAAGAAGCUGAGCAUCAAGAUCCCCAAGUGGUGCGGCAAGUGGGUUGUUUCCAUGGACGAGUACAAGGACGGCGUUGUCGGCGCCAAGUCCAAGAACCUCGCCGGCAUGCGCGGCAAGCUGCCGGAGGUGAUCAAGCUGCCGCCGUCAGUGACGGUGCCGUUCGGGUCAUUUGAGGAGGCGCUGAAGCAGAAGGAGAACGGGGAUGUCGCCAAGCGGCUGGAGGCGGCCGUCAAGGACAUCCCCACCUCACAUGCCGAGGAGCAGCUCGUCAAGUGCAGGGACAUCGUCAUGGAGGUGGCGGUGCCGGAGCAGCUGCAGAAGGAGCUGAAGGCAGCCAUGGAGAAGGCCGGCAUCCCCGUGCCCGAGACUGAGGAGCGCUGGCAGCAGGCCCUGGCCGCCCUCAAGGGCGUGUGGGCGAGCAAGUACAACGAGCGCGCGCUGCUUUCCAUGCGCAAGGUGGGCCUGGACUUCCGCGACCUGCGCAUGGCCGUGCUGGUGCAGCGCGUGGUUCCGGCCGCGUACGCGUUUGUCAUCCACACGCACAACCCCUCCACCGGCGCGGCCGAUGAGGUGUACGCCGAAGUGGUGGCGGGCCUCGGGGAGUCCAUCGUGUCCGGCCUCGUGCCCGGCUCCGCGCUCGGCUGCGUCGCCAAGAAGUCUGACCUCGGCAACCCCCAGGUGGAGAUGUACCCAAGCAAGAGCGACGGCAUGUUUGUGCCGGAGUCGCUGAUUUUCCGCUCGGACUCCAACGGGGAGGACCUGGAGGGCUACGCUGGCGCAGGCCUCUACGACUCAAUCACCAUGGACACCACCGAGCUGCGCAAGGUCGACUAUGCCUCAGACAAGCUGAUAGCGGACGAGGGGUUCAGGAAGGAUCUACUGCAGCGGAUUGCCGAGACUGGCGUGGCCAUCGAGGACGCUCUGGGCAGUGCUCAGGAUGUGGAGGGCUGUGUCGAGGCAGAUGGCUCCAUCACUGUGGUCCAGACCAGGCCGCAGAUGUGAAGCAGCAGAGGGUGCACAUAUCCGUGCAAGCCAAUGAAAAAUGCUUGCGUUUGUACCAACAACGUCAGGAUAAGGGACCGCUUGAACAUUCUUUGGCCACUGGUUUCCCCAGAGGAAAUGUUUGGCUUUUUAUUUUUCGGGCUAGUGCAGCAGUGCUUCUGACUGCUGAGUCUGAAAAUAUUAAUCAGGCUCGCAUUGCCAUACAUCACUUCAGACAGAACCAUUGUGUGACAGCGAAUGAUGCGCAUGCUGUUGAUGAGCAUGACCACCGUGGCUGUGGUGACCAGUUUCAAACAAUCAAUGGCAGCGUGAAUAUCGUGAUUUCAAUUACAAAUGAUUGCUAAGG